UAUAAAGAGAGCCAAUGGCAAGUCAAAUGCAUCAGUUAGUCAUUUACAUCUUUCUUGCUUAGUAUACAAAUUCUCAAGUCAACAUGAAGGUCACGAUUCUCGCUCUGUUUUUCACCGUCGCUUCAGCUCAAUAUUAUUCCAAGCCAGCCUACUCAGCUCCGUCUUAUUCUCCUAUGCCCUACAACUUUGCAUGGGGCGUUAAGGACGAUGCUUCGUACAACAACUAUGCGCAUUCUGAGAACAGCGACGGAAAGGUGGUCACCGGAUCGUAUCGAGUGGCCCUGCCGGACGGCCGCACCCAAAUCGUCUACUACAGGGCAGACAGCAACGGAUACGUGGCGGACGUAAAGUACGAAGGCGAGGCUAGAUACCCCGAAAACAAGCCAUCCUACUCUUCCUAUUCGGCCCCGGCCUACAAAGCCCCGUCUGCACCAGUCUACAGGGCCCCAGCCGCUCCUGCCUACGUCGCUCCUCGUGCUCCUACUUAUGGAUCUGUUUCAGCGCCUUCCUAUGGAUCGGUUUCUGCACCGGCCUACAGAGCACCUGCCGCCCCUGCUUACGUCGCUCCUCGUGUUCCAGCCUAUUCUGCUCCUAAAACGCAAACGUAUAGAGCCCCAACAGCUACUGGCAAAAGGGGUUCUGUUGCUGCGCCAGGCUACAACACUCAGCAACAAUGGCCGAUUUCUUACAGUCGAGGUGGUUAGGAUUGUUAACAAGACGUAGUCAGGUUAUUAAUGAUAUUAUAAAAUGUAGUUUACUUUUGACAUCUACUAGCUAAAUAUUUAGGUAGAAAUCAAUGAAGUGAUUACUGAUUAUAUGUGGCUAUGCCAUUAGAUAAUUCAAAAUGUUAGGAAAAUUAUUACGAGCAAAAACUUAGGCCUAUACUUGACAAUCUUUGUACAAAUUACUAUCAAUAUUUGAAAUAUAAAAUGAAACUUUGGUUUCAGAA